AUGUCUCUCCUUCACAAUGAAGACUUUACCAUCUGGCAAUUGCGUUCAACAUAUCUUUCAACCAUCAAAGACGGUAUCGGAGACCGUCUAAUAAAUCUCAAUAAUGCCGUUCUCAAUACUCCUGGGUUUCGUGCCGCGGGCUGGUCCACCGUCUCUACAAACAGCAGCAGCGCCAACAUCAAGCGAACCCAUUCUCCCCCAAUCCCGACAACUGCAGCUGUCUCCUCAGAAUACUACCGACUGGCUGUCCGCGAUGCAAACGCUGCACGAGAUGAGCUCCAAGGACUUGGACUCGAGGAUGGUGAGGAUGACGAGGGGGGCAUGGUGACUGGUAAGAGCCACAUGGAAAUCACCGGGCGACGACUCCCUGGGCGUAGUGGAAAGAAGAAGGGUCGACGCGAUCGUCAAAAGCCGGAGAUGCAGCCUCCGGUUGAGGCAGAGGAGGAGGAUGAUAGUAGUGACCUGAGCGAUGACAGUGAUGACGACGCCGACAAUCUUCACAGGUCCACCGAGCAGAUAAAAUUCUCCAAAAUGCCUGUGCGCCGAGACCGCGCCGAUUCCUCUCCGAUUCGCUCGUCCGAACAGCGUGAACGACCAGAAGUGAUGAUUACAUCGCCCUCGACACAGAAUGUUGCAUCCCAUUACCGGACGGGCUCCCUAGGGACAGCCGUAUCAGACAAAAAUCAACGGCCCCGACGGGACACCACUACAAGUAGUGACUUGUCCACUGAUAACGAAAUUGAUGCCCAUGGCUACAAGCAGGGACACGUCCAAUUCUCUGCCACAGACCACGCGGCCGAGCGCCCCCGCAAGCGUCGAGAGAGAACUGGUAGUCGUGGUGCGGAUAGUAUUGCUCUGGGCGAUCUAAAUGAGCAGGACGAAGAUUCCGGCGCAGAGUCCGUGGGAUCUGCACUUUCAUCCGAAUUCGACGGUACUGCAGGCUCCGGCUCAUUGCUCCUGGCUGGAAUGGGCAUGACAGACCCGUUGGACUCAUCCUCCCCAAUGGCUCUGAUGCAUAAACUCCCCACCAACACGGGCCCCAGCAACAAUGCCUCUCCACGGAAGCCCAAAGUACCGGCGCCAGAGUUGCACGAUCUACCUCCACCACGGCCGAUCAGCACAAUACAACCUGUUAGCUUACUCACAAAACAACUCAAGUCCCGCAAACGCGCACCAAGUAACCCGGUAGAGAAGUUUAUGGUGCUUUCGGGAAGUGGCCAGGGCGAUCCAUUGUACCUGAAAAUCUAUGUUCCCUUUUCAUCCGACCCCGAGGAACCCCUAGAUUUACCACUGGCGGAGCAACCUGCUCCGGUAACUGUAGCCGAGACCAUUGGUCUUGCUCUCUGGAAGUAUGCUGAAGAUGCACGAGACCCAUCCCUGGAACGGGGAAAGUUAACCGUCAAUCGAUGGGCGCUUCGCAUGGUUGAUGAUGGGGAAGUGGAGUAUGACUUUCCUGCACUCGGACGAACACUUCCAAUGACCGACUUUACCUCCAACAAUAACCAAGCAGCCAAGGCGCGAGGGCGCUCACGAGGCAAACCUUAUGAUGAAUUUGCACUGGUGGAAGCUUCUAAGUCCGAGUUUGAAGAAAACGAACGAUUAUACCCUCAGUUCAGUCAGAGUUUGGGUUCGGACGAAAGCGAGCAGCCACCAACUCUCAUAGUGCCAGGGUCACAACCGCCUCCUCAAACAAAGUCGGCCAUGGGUCGCGUGAACCCGAUUCUAAGGCAGCCAUUCUCAUCUGCAUUGAAUGAUAGCACGCUGACUCCAGCGGAUCGACCUGCGGUACCUAUUUCUCAUGCCACUCCCCGACUUGGUGUCUCCAAGACCUUGAAGAUCCGCUUUAUCAACCUGGAAGCUUCUGCUCAUGUGAUGACUCUCAAUACCUCAUCUGACAGCUACAUUGCCGAAAUUCUAGACUCUGUCUGCAAGCGCUGGGGUCUGGAUAAGGGCAACUAUCUUCUCAAGGUGAUGGGAUCUAAUACCAUUGCACCGCUUGAUCGUACUGUAGAGGCUCUGGGUAGUCUUACCGAGCUGGACCUUGUCCGCCGUCGCUUCGGGGUCGGGCCUCUUGCUACUGGUGGCUCCCCUGGCAGUUCUUCACCAAACGCACCUCUGACUGUGGAUAGCAACAAUCCCACCGCUGUGAAGAAGGGCAAGAAGAGCGGGUUGCCUUUAUUUACACAGAAACAAGAUCUGAUUGGCGGUUACUAUCGUCGGUACCACGUGUUCCGCAAGCAGCCCAUGUCCUUUACUGCUUCGAACCAUCGCAUUCUUACAUUUGAUAACGAUUAUAUGCACAUCGUUCCUGGCGACACAGGCAAGACCGCCUCUGACGCCAAAUCGCGUUCAAUCAACUUCAAUGACGUGGUGGGCUGUAAGGUCAGCCGGCGACACCCGAAGAGUUUCCGCGUUGUUGUACUGCGCGGGAAUGAUGCCACGGAGCAGAAGCGCUACGAUUUUGAAGCACGCAACGCUCUGGAGGCCGUCGAGAUCGUGGACGAGAUUAAGAAGAAUAUGGCACACUAUCGCAUUUGA